CACACUCUCUCUCUCUCUCUCACUCUCACGGAGGCGACAACGAGCGGCAAUCGGCGACAGUGGUGGCUAGCGACGAUCGGCGAUUGACGACAAUGGCGGCGAGCAGUCUGCAAUGUUCUCGAAGAGAUUUUGUAUGUGCUGUUCAGGGAUAUGCAGUGAUGUUUCUGAAGAAUAAUACCUCCCUUGUGCUGCUUGGCCUGGCUGAAGCUCCGGCAACACCUGACAGGGUAUCUGAUUUGGGCAUUCAAGAAAUGUCGUGGAAGGAUCACCUUACAGAAGAAAACCUCUUCUACGUGGUGUCCCCUGGUGCAAUGGAAACAUACAGAAAUUCAAUAGAAUCUCAUUUAGCCAAAGUUGAGAAAACUGGCAGUUGCAUCCAAGAAGAAGUAGAGACUUCUAUGUAUGAUGCUGCAGCAGACUUUGUAUCUCAAGGCGGUGCAUAUGAAGAGGAUGAAGGUGAAACAAGCACUAUUAUUUGCCUGGAGGCUUUGAAGGGUUUGUAAUUAGCUACCGGAUGACUUGAAGGAAGAAUAUCUGCAUAGUGUGAAAGUAGUGGAGAAGGCGGUGUUGAGAGCUGUAAUUUUUCCUUGUCUUUCCAUUAUGUUCAUUUGAAAUCAUCUGUGCCAUGG